AUGGAGAAAGUGAAACAUGAAACUAAAAUUACUAGAAACCCUCAGGAAGUAAAGAAGGAAAAAGAAAAACCAGAAACACCAUCAGAGUGGUUAGUCAAACCGUGGAGUGUCCAGGAAAUCCGGAGUUUCCUGCAAGAAUGGGAAUUUCUUGAACGUGAAAUACACUUCGAGGUGAGGAAGAAGAAUCAAGCAGUAUCUAAAGAAGUUGCCCAGCGUCUCAAGCAGAGGGGCAUAGAGAAAAGCUGGCAGGAAUGUCUGCAGAUGCUGGUCAGUUUGCAGGAUCUAUACUACACCAUCCGUGAGACCAACGAGAGGCCAAGGAGUGAACCCUUGCCAUGUCCUUACGGAGAGGCCCUACACAGGAUCUUGGGAUACAGAGGGAAGGCCAACAUCUUUUCAGGUCCUCCCUCUGAAGAUGUGACUGACCUCCUGCCUCCCGAGUGCCAGCCCCCCAAGUACCAGCCCCAGGCCUGUGGCAUCCCUGUUCCCUUUGAGGGGCAGCUGUGGGCUCCUCCACAUGUGGUCUACAUGGAGGGUCCUCAGGCCCCCGGAUGGCAGCCCUGGAACAUGAACUUUCCAUGGUCAGCUCCAUGCCUGUUCCCUGCAUUCCUCUCAGGAGCCACCCUCCCCCAGCAGCAGUGGUCCGCCACUACUGACUCAGAUCCAGAGCCUAAAGACACGUAG